GGCAACAUCUCCAACUCCGUCCCAGAUAUAAAAUACAAAAUUCAUUUUUACAUCUUUUCUGGAUCUAUUUUGCGUUUCGAUUCCAUCUCUAAUCUCUUCUAGUAUAGAAACAGAAUCCUUCAAUUUUAAAGACAGACAACUAGAAGGAGCAGGCAGCACUCUGCUUCCAUCCCACGCCGCGUUCUUGUGGAGUCUUUGCCGAAUCAGAUCCGCUUCCUCUUGCCCUGAACUCUCCAGGAAUCCGCUAGAUCUGCCACCGAUUUGAUGUUGAAAUAGCUUAGAUCAAGCACAGGACAGAGAAGAAAAUGAGGGCAAUUGGUGGAGUAUUCCUUGUUUUGGUUUUGUUUUCACAUGCUUGCCAUGGGUUUUACCUACCUGGAAGUUACAUGCAUACAUAUUCAACCCAUGAACGAAUAAUUGCCAAAGUCAAUUCCUUGACCUCUAUUGAAACUGAGCUUCCCUUUAGCUAUUAUAGCCUCCCUUACUGUAAACCACCAGGGGGAAUAAAGAAAAGUGCUGAGAAUCUUGGUGAACUUCUCAUGGGAGAUCAGAUUGAUAACUCUCCUUAUCGGUUUCAAAUGAAUGUGAAUGAGUCAGUAUACCUCUGCACUACCCAUCCUUUGAGUGAAAAUGAGGUUAAGCUCUUGAAACAGAGGACUAGGGAUUUGUAUCAAGUGAAUAUGAUACUUGACAAUUUGCCAGUAAUGAGGUUUGCAAAUCAGAAUGGGGUUAAGAUUCAGUGGACUGGUUUCCCUGUGGGCUAUACUCCACCUAAUGGUAAUGAUGAUUACAUUAUCAAUCAUCUGAAAUUCACAAUCUUGGUUCAUGAGUAUGAGGGAAGUGGUGUGGAGAUAAUUGGUACUGGUGAAGAAGGUAUGGGGGUCAUUUCUGAAUCUAAUAACAAGAAGCCACCUGGGUAUGAGAUUGUUGGUUUUGAGGUUGUCCCAUGUAGUGUUAAAUAUGAUCCAAAUGCUAUGACAAAACUCAAAAUUUAUGACAAAGCCCCAUCUGUGAGUUGCCCCUCGGAGCUUGAGAAGUCCCAGAUAAUAAGGGAACAAGAGAGAAUAUCAUUUACUUAUGAUGUUGAAUUUGUGAAAAGUGAUAUUAGGUGGCCAUCUAGGUGGGAUGCUUAUUUGAAAAUGGAAGGUGCUCGUGUGCAUUGGUUCUCAAUUCUGAAUUCUCUGAUGGUGAUCUUUUUCCUAGCUGGUAUUGUUUUUGUCAUUUUCUUGAGGACUGUCAGAAGGGACUUGACAAGGUAUGAGGAGUUGGAUAAAGAGGCUCAAGCACAGAUGAAUGAGGAGCUCUCUGGAUGGAAGCUUGUUGUUGGUGAUGUUUUUAGAGAGCCAGACUGCCCAAAGCUUCUCUGCGUGAUGGUAGGUGAUGGGGUUCAGAUUACAGGAAUGGCAGUUGUCACUAUUGUUUUUGCGGCCCUUGGUUUCAUGUCACCAGCAUCCCGUGGAAUGCUGCUCACGGGUAUGAUUAUUCUUUACCUUUUCUUGGGCAUUGCUGCAGGGUAUGUGGCUGUACGUCUCUGGAGAAUGAUCAAGGGAACUACAGAAGGUUGGAGGUCUGUUUCAUGGUCAGCUGCAGGCUUCUUCCCUGGAAUUGUCUUUGUCAUCCUUACAGCAUUGAAUUUUGUUCUCUGGGGUAGCAAGAGUACUGGUGCUAUUCCCAUUUCCUUGUAUUUUGAACUGUUGUCUCUCUGGUUCUGCAUCUCAGUGCCUCUCACCCUUAUGGGAGGAUUCUUAGGGACUAGAGCUGAGGCAAUUCAAUAUCCAGUGCGGACCAACCAGAUUCCCAGGGAGAUUCCUGCACGGAAAUAUCCAUCAUGGCUUCUUGUCCUUGGUGCUGGAACCCUUCCAUUUGGAACUCUAUUCAUUGAGCUUUUCUUCAUCCUUUCUAGCCUCUGGCUCGGCAGGUUCUAUUACGUCUUUGGGUUCUUGCUUGUAGUUCUUCUACUUCUGGUUAUUGUCUGUGCUGAGGUGUCUGUGGUUCUUACUUACAUGCAUCUCUGUGUUGAGGACUGGCGGUGGUGGUGGAAGGCUUUCUUUGCUUCGGGUUCUGUUGCCCUCUAUGUGUUCCUUUACUCCAUCAAUUACCUGGUGUUUGACCUACAGAGUUUGAGUGGACCAGUGUCAGCUUUCCUUUACAUUGGCUAUUCCAUGAUCAUGGCAACUGCAAUCAUGUUGUCUACUGGAACCAUUGGCUUUCUCAUGUCAUUUUACUUUGUUCAUUACCUUUUCUCAUCAGUUAAGAUUGAUUAAAAACUACCCACGGCAAUAUUUCUCAACCCACCGGAAAGAAAGCUUGGCAUGUAGGAAAACAAACACGCCACUUCCUGGUAAACCAUGGAGGAUCAUUUCUGGGUUAUCAAUAGUUUUCUGUUGGUUGCAUAUUUAAGAUCCGUUAUAUUUUUCGCUAUUUUCGUUGAGGUUAGGACUUCAUUUACUGUGGUGUUUUGAGGAAGUUGUAACUUUUGGACUUCAUAUCUUUGUAUUUCCUUUUAUCUUGUCUAAUUAUAUUAUAAAAAUUAUUAAAUUCA